AUGACGCCUUUCUCUAGACAGUUCUUUGACGCUCUGCGUAUCUGUCUCGUUUACGCCUCUCACAGUCUGAAGGUGAAGAUGUUUCCUCAGGAGCUUGACAUCAGCAGUCAACCGCCAGCCAAUCAAAUGACAGCGGCUCAAAAGACAACGAUGGGCCAAUGCCAUGGAGGCAUCAUUCAUCAAGCUUUUGUCCCCUCCUUAGGGUUUGCCAUAUCCUCAAGGACCAUGUUUACUCCUGUUUUGGGCUUUUAUUUGGUUUAUUUGACUGCCCGCAUGAUUUAG